CAAAAAAGAUUCUCAAAUUGACAUAUAAAAUGGAAAAAAACGAUUUACAUAAAUCAGGAAAUUAAAUGACAAAAGAAUGAGAAAAUAUUAAUACAGUAUUAAGGAAGGAAGGGGAAGGGGAAGGGGAAGGCUCAUAUAUAUUCAUUUAUCAGAGAGACUCUCCUCACAUUCUCAUCUCUUCCUUCCUUCUCUUCUUUCUCUCCCAUCUCUCUCUCUCUCUUUUGUUUUUUUUCCUCUUUAUCGCCGCCGCUUCUGUUACCUUUGAGCCGAUUUCAAUGAGAAUAACGUCUGUGAAGAAGAAGCCUAAGAUGGUGGAUGAGUGGGUAGAGACGGCUUUAACAGACGACGUUAUGUUGGUCGAGCUUCUUCUCCGACUCAAACACGCCGGUACUGUUAAAUCCGAUAAUCAUGCGGUUAAUCUACCUGAAUUACGGUGGGGGAUUCGUCAACGGCGGUCACGACCUUCGAGAUUAGGGGUUAAUGUUGGUGGCGUCGGAGGUUAUCUGAAGAAGGAAACUGAUUCGGGUUCGGCUAGAGCUAGUCCGAUGACUCCUUUAUGUUGGAGUGGCGGAUCUGGUAGCGGCGGAUCUACUUCUCCUUCUACCGCAACCGCUGAUGGUUUUGAAGAUACUAGUCGUCUUGCUAGCUGCUCUACAUCCGGAUCUAAGGCAGUAAAUGAAUUCACCAGCUCUUGCUUUAGGAGAUCAAAGAAGAAGAAGAAGACAUUUUUCGAACUUAAAGAUGCAGAGCACUUGCAUUUGAAGGAAAGACUUGACCUUGAAAAGAUUGCAAAUGUGCAAGCAACCUACUUUGAACGAAAUGCAAAGAACCAAAGCUUGAAGAGAAUUAAGAAGGUAUUUCAUUUCUCUCUUUAAACCUUAAUUACUAGUUACUACCUUUGUUCGUUUUCCACUGAUCCUCGAAACCUGAUUCAGAAUCUGU